AUGUCUGACAAUCCCUCCCCCGAUACUCAAGCGUCAACUUCGGACAAUGCCUCUAAUGCAGCCUUAUCGAGCACCACCACCAGCACUUCUCCAAGCGACUUUUCAGAACCCUCAGCAAGCAGUGCACCAGCAGCCUCUACAGAGACUGACACAGACAACAUACCAGCUCUCUUUACGAGCACCUCCUCAAGUCUUACAGCAAACAUCCCAUCAAGCACUCUCACGACUACGAAUGCUUCAUCGUCACCUUCGUCCGGGGCGACAGGCACUCCACAAACCCUACAGCCGACGGCUUCAAACCACCUUUCUGACGGAGCAAUCGCUGGAGUGGCCAUUGGUUGUGCCGCGCUCGGUGCUCUUCUCGCCCUGAUACUCAUGAUUCUCCUACGUCGACGCCAGUCAAAGUCUCAGUCCAGGCAUCACAAAACACAUUCCCGUCUCGCCCACAAAUCGUUGAGAAGUGACAAAGACCCAGACAAGUCUCUGGUCCGCUCGAACAUUGCUCCCGUUGCCGCACAGCCCGACGUCAACAUCGAUGCUUUCCUCCCGCAGCAAACCGACGAUGCCACGGUCAAGCAGAGGGUUCUGCUUCUGUUUGACCAGAUUGAACUCCACGUCGACAACUACUACAGCGAGCAGCCCGUGCAACUGACGGCCGACGAGCAGAAUGAGCUCUCCAGAUUUGGGACCCCGGAGUUGCCCAUGCCGCUGGGUGCUCUGCUGGAGACAUCUCACCGCAAGGUCACCGUCAUCAAGCACUGCCUCGCCUAUCACGCCGUGCAGCUGGUCACUCCAUCGCACUCCUCGGACUGCCUACUACCCUAUGAGGUGUCUAACAUGCUUCUCCUCGCCACGCCCAAGCCCAAUGACCGCAACUUCCACCUAGCCCUCUCUCGCUGGCGCAUGCUCACCGCAUACCUGCGCCCAGAUAUAUUCGACGGGAAGGACGUACCCGAGUCUGCCACCGCCGCAACGGCAGACCAGGAUGCCCACCUAUACACCCUCGCCCAGGCGUUCUCGGACCGCUUCGCCGCCUUCAGCCAGCCGCACAACGCGGAGCAAAAGGUCAAGCACCUGGCCGAAGUGCUGCGCACCGCGGUCCGCAUGGCGCUCUGGCUGUACGCGCAGCCCGCGACGUUCCGGUUCGACUGGGGCCCGGGGCCCGCGCCUCCGCCGGACACUGCGGCGGCGCGGCGCGCGACGACGCCCACGGUCGUGACGGUGCCGUCGCUGGUCAAGACGCAUGACGGUAUGGGACGGGAGAUCCAGCCCGCCCAGACCAUUCAACUCCUCGUCAAGAGGCGCGUGUGA